AUGUCGGCCGACCCCACCUUGAUGUCCGCCGAGGAGCUACGCGCCGAGAUCGAGGCCACCCGGCGUCGUGCGCAAGCCGAGGAGGCCAGGUUCGAUCAGAUCCUGGUCGAGAAUGAGCAGGCCAAGGAGCGCCAAAGGCUGCGGGAAGAGCUGCGCGAGGCGAGGGACAGGCUGCAGUACACCUGGGAACGGAACGAUAGUGCAAUGGCUGAUCGACGAGCCAUCGACGAUGAUGAAUUGCGCGUGGCACCGCAGUAUCAACCUGUCUGCCCCUUCAAAAAGCCACCUGUGAUGCAAGCAAACGGUGGUGGAAUCACGAAUUUCGGUGACAUGGUGGCUAAGGGCACCUAUACAUGGAGGAUCGAAGGAUUCUCUUGGGUGCCAUGUGCAGUUGAGCAGAUUAGGCUUGAAGGUUUCACUCCUCCUUUUGUCACCUUUGUGCACUCACAUCCAGAUUUUAACUUUGGCAACCAAGAAUUCCAGUUUCGCUACAGCCCAUGGGCGCAUUACCUUUGUGACCAACACCAUGGGUCUCUCGCCAUAGUGCCGAGAACGCGGGAUGGUGUCAUUGCUCUUCGCUAUCGCAUUUUCGUGAAGGCCCAGAGCGGGGAAUUCGUGCAGUGGGGCCAGACGCGCGAUGUUGUCCAUGACGGCGACAGUGGCAGGACCUGUGCUUACGGUCCUGACGUGCAUUGGCCAGAUGAUCCUCCCGCUUCUUUGGGCAUCUUCGGGCUCAGCCAUGAGGAGCUUCUGGAGUCGCAGUGGGUGGAACACGACACUUUGACGGUGAAGUUUGAGCUGGAGGUCCGCCCGCCGAGAAAUGUCAUCCAGCAGCCUCUGAGCGCAAAUGAGAUUCCCGAAGCGACGAUCCACCAGGACACCCAGGCACUCUUGGAGGAAGGCAUCUGCAGCGAUGUUCGGUUCAUGGUGCAGGACGAAGUGAUCCAGGCUCACUCGCAGGUUCUCUGUGCACGGUCCGAGGUUUUCAGGAGUCAGCUGACGGCAGGCAUGCAGGAGAGCAUCUCGAAAGUCAUCAAGAUUGAGGACUGCGAGGUCAGCACCUUCAAGGCCUUCCUGCAGUUCGUCUACACCGAUCGGCUGCCGAACCUCGAAGAGCUCCUUUCCAUGCAAGCCUCAAGCGAAUCAAGGAAUGAGAACGGUGCUCCGCAGCUGUCACAGAUCCAGGCGCUGUUGGCCGUAAGCCACAAAUACCAAGUGAGACGGCUGCAGCUCUGGUGUGAGGCGAAGCUUUCCGAGCAAAUAGACGCCGUGCAGGUUUGCGGCAUGCUAUGUCAAGCACACCUCUUCCAGGCGAAGCAGCUGGAAGAAGCUUGCCUCUGCUUCAUCAGGGACCACGCAGACCAAGUCUUCACAUUACCUGCCUACCUUGAGCUGAUCACGAAGUGGCCCGAAAUCGCACUGAAGAUCAAUCUCUUCUCUGCGGGCGUGUCGGAAGCCGAGGCGCUGGCCGCGAUAGAUGCUUUGGAAAAGCACCAAGGCCAGCAAUCGGAGCAGGCGGGUGAGUGA